GACGGAAAUAGAACGUCAGACGUUCUAAAAUGGCGAACCGUACGGUGAAAGAUGCGCACAGCAUCCACGGCACCAACCCUCAGUAUCUGGUGGAGAAAAUCAUUCGGACGCGAAUUUAUGAGUCCAAAUACUGGAAAGAGGAGUGCUUUGGACUUACAGCUGAACUUGUAGUUGAUAAAGCCAUGGAGUUAAGAUUUGUGGGUGGUGUCUACGGUGGCAACAUAAAGCCCACUCCUUUUUUGUGUUUAACCUUGAAGAUGCUUCAGAUUCAACCUGAGAAGGAUAUCAUUGUAGAGUUUAUAAAAAAUGAAGAUUUCAAGUAUGUCCGCAUGCUGGGAGCACUUUACAUGAGGUUGACAGGUACUGCAAUUGAUUGCUACAAGUACUUGGAGCCUCUAUACAAUGACUAUCGAAAAAUCAAGAGCCAGAACCGAAAUGGAGAGUUUGAGCUGAUGCAUGUAGAUGAAUUUAUUGAUGAACUACUGCACAGUGAGAGAGUCUGUGAUAUCAUUCUGCCCCGGCUACAGAAACGCUACGUGCUAGAGGAAGCCGAGCAGCUGGAGCCGCGGGUUAGCGCUCUGGAGGAAGACAUGGACGACGUGGAGUCCAGUGAAGAGGAGGAGGAGGAGGAUGAGAAGUUGGAAAGAGUGCCAUCACCUGAUCAUCGCCGGAGAAGCUACCGAGACUUGGACAAACCCCGUCGCUCUCCCACACUACGCUAUCGGAGGAGUAGGAGUCGGUCUCCCAGAAGGCGGAGUCGGUCUCCCAAAAGGAGGAGCCCCUCCCCUCGCCGAGAACGGCAUCGGAGCAAGAGCCCAAGACGUCAUCGCAGCAGGUCCCGAGACAGACGGCACAGAUCCCGCUCUAAGUCCCCAGGUCAUCACCGCAGUCACAGACACAGGAGCCACUCAAAAUCUCCUGAAAGGUCUAAGAAAAGCCACAAGAAGAGCCGGAGAGGGAAUGAAUAAUGGACUUAGUUUGGUUUUAAUACAAGUGGCCUUCUGUGGAGACGAAGGCAUCUGUCUACGCGGGAGAAAGAUCUACUCAGUCCCAGGCAGCUAUGAGAGUAUUUUAGAUUUUUUUUAAACCAAGUUUUCUUCACUUUCUUUCUUUUUUUUUUUAACAUGAAAGAGGUGCUGAGUUUUGUAUCUCUUUAUGAAUUGUACAUAAUCCACACAUUUGAAAGAUAAUGCUUCCUGAACUGAGAGCUGCUUUUGGCCUCUUUGUACAAUCAACCUUGUUUGUACUCAAAAAUUUAUGAGGGUAGAAUGGAUUUGAAUAGAGUGUAUGAAACAAGGGGAGAAUGUGGCCCCCUUGUUAUUUUUGUUAUUAAAUUUGACACACCCAUUUCCUGUUUUUCUGUGGUUUUAGUUUCGGUUUACACUGAGAUUAGAACUGUUUUGAGAAUUCUGAGAUAUGUGCUAAUGCUUGCUGUUCCGUAAAAAAAAACCAAGUUGGUAAAAUAUAUUAGCUCUAGGUUUUACUUCCAGCAGCAGCAAAUGGUAAUAAACAUGAAAACUGGCCUGUUAUCAGCAGCUUUAUAAUAAUUCAGUUGUAAGGCUUUUUCUGGAUCAUUUAAUCCAGUUGCAUCGUUCAACAAACAGUAAAACUUGACACCUAUUACGUAGCAUUACUGUAUAGUGUUGUUUCUUCUUCCCUACAGCUUUGAAUUCCAAAUUAAGGUGCUCAGCACCUUUAUGCUGUGAGCAUUGGUAUUAGCAAGACUAGGCAGUAGCAGUAGGAAAACCAGGGUGAAAACGUUCAGUGGAGAGAAAAAUACCUGAUGCCACUCAAGGUUUUAACCUGAGUUACUGGACAACAGCACCAUUCACAAAACCAGAAAAUACAGCAGGAAGAGAGCAGGCUUUAGAGGGGCAGGUAGUGGGAAUUGCGGUAGUAGGGAGAAAAGAAUGCAUUCAGCUUAACUUGAAGUUUACUUUGAGACAGCUAUGGUAUGUCUAGAUAAAGCCCAGACAUUAUAAAUAAGAACUGGAGUUGAGCUAGUGAUCUGACCCUGAACUGACAAAUGUUUAGGUAAUUGUGGAAGGUGUAGAAUUGAAUGCAAUGCCCAGGGAGCAUACAUUUGUAAGGAAAACCAGUAGUAGAAUCAUAAGCAACAUUCACACUGUUGAGGAAGAAGUGCAGACACUGAUUGAAAAUUGAAAUGAAUCAUUUCAGAAAGGUACAGGAAAUAGAGUGGGUUAAGGAAGCUAAGGACAAAGAAGCAAAAUAAGGAUUAAAUAGUGCCCAUGGAUAUUGAUAAUCAAGAGGGUGUUGGAUCUUUGCUAGAGGAGUCCUCUCUACCUGUACUUACCUUUCCUCCUUUAAAAUGGAAAAAAAUAAUUGAUUUCCUGCAACUCUGCCCCUGGCAACAAUUGUGAAGACCAACUGCCUCACAGGAUCCAGUUUCUUGGGAAGUCGUAUUUACUCAUAGGCUAAACAUCCUAUUACUUGUUGAACUUAAGGACUUGCAUCACUAUUAAAGCAUUUGGGGAUCAUAUUUGGAGAUUUCAUGUUCUUCAAUAAUUGCUCUCCUGAUAAUAUUUGAGCUAAUAAAAUCAUAACAGUUAUUAUGGUUCAUCAUACAACUAUAUAUAGGACUGUCUUUAAAAAUUAAAUGUAAGCACCUCUAUUUGUAUCUGUUAUAGAGAGUCCUAGCAGUUAUUUCUUUUAUCAAAGUGUUCUAAAUGGGAAAAAAAAAAAAGUGUAGUCUGGCUGAAUGACCUAUCGACCAACCAAGUUAUCAUCCAGGAUAUUAGUUUUAAAAGUAUAUUUUUAAAGUAUAAAAAUGUAGAAACCCACCCUAAACCCCAGUAAUAUUUAAUACCAAAAAUAAACCUUCCCAAGCAUAAACUACAAACUUAAAGCCUACUUGAGAGUGGGACAUGUCAAACCUCUCUCUCUGGAGAUCACUUUGAUAAACUACAGAAUUGUACAGCAGAUGAAUUUAGGACAGACCUUGCUGAAGGACCAUUUCUGUCAUCUGUGUGCUAGCUUACUGCAUGAAUGAGGCCUUGGAACUAAAGGUUUACAACUUUCUUUGCCCUGUAUUAAGAGACAUAUUUUGUAUCUUACCUCUAUACUUAUACAUACUCUGCACUAAAACAGAUUUUAAGAAAAUAUUCCUUACGCAAAAUACAUUCUGAUAUUUCUAUGCAUUAUCAGUUUUACCAUUGGGUGUACAACCACUAAAUUGUUUAUACUCCCCACAAUUUGAAUUAUACUGCUUUAAAAGCUUUGCCAUUGGGCAUGAUGACCUUUUAAAUACUAAAGAAUGGGCAAAGGAAACAAUGGAUUUGGUGAGAGGCUUCCAAUGUAACAACCCAACUUAAAGUUCAUUCCUCUAGCCCCCUUCCAUUAAUUUUGGCAGAUCUAAGUUUAAUUAAGCACUAAUCAGAAAAGAAUGCUCACAUGCUGGUCAUUCUGAGCCAAAAAAAAGGAACAAGUUUCUACAGAUUCAAAAAAGAUAAAAUGAUCUGUUUUUUUAAAAUGCAAGAAUACAAGUUCAAAGAGAUUAAAAGAUAAGAGGUGGAAAGUAAGCAUGGCAGAGCUUGAAGAAAUGAAGAUUUGAAAACUGAAAAUGAAAGCCUCACAAAAUGCAAAAUAGACAAGGCACAGAGAAAACAGACUGGAGGAAAUAAAAAAUGGAAAAAGCUGUAGAGAUAAAAAGAUAUGGAAAAAAAUCUUGCCUAUGAUUAACUGAUAUUUCUGAUAAAGAGAAUUGAGUGAAUCAACUUAAAUUCAAACAGAAGAAAAAUCACCUUGAUUUAAAGAGAUAAAGAAUUAUAUGGGUACCCAAGCAGAGAAAUCAAGUCCUGUAUAGUGAGGGAAAGGAUCAGGGUGGCCUCAGGUCUCCAUUAAGGCAGUGAAGCAAAAGGCUCCAAAGGUGUAAGGAAAACAGUGUGCCAGGAACUUUAUACCUAGCCCGGGUUGUCCUUAAAAUAUAAAGGGAAUAGACAUUCUUAAGUAUGCAAGUACUUAUAAGCAUACAACCACUUGGGGGAAAAACUGCCUAAUGUUACUGAACAAGAAAUGAAUCAAAUUAAGGACUUGGGGGAAAAAAAGAAGUAGCAAAAGAAAUGGCAGUAAACACUUUAGAAAUUUUAAGUAAAAAUAAUGGGAAAUCAUUAAGACAAAUGAAAUAUUUGAACACUGUACAGAAAUAAUGUAAGCAGGAAGUAGAACUCACUUUUAUGACGAGUCAUACGAUCUCUAAAACAUACAUGAAGCUGGAAAAAAAAAACUCCAGCCUCUCUAAUGUUCUCUAUACUUGUCCUUAAUUUUAGAAGUCUUUAGAACUAGAUUCUCUUGUAGAAAAAAAUUUUUUUAUAAGUUGAAAAUUUUACACUUUUUUCUUUGGUUAAAUUGAAGUAAAAUUAAUUUGCUAUAUGUACUAAAUACAGCAUAUGAACCCACUUUUGUAAAAUUUGUCCUAUGUAUGUGUAACUAUAUAUAUGACACAUGUAUAUUAAAGAGAUGGUUUGAAAGAAUGAAA